AAAAAAAAAUUAAAAGGAAGCUAAUUUACCAUUUUUGGAGCUCCGUCGUAUAUCUUUUUUUUUUUAAUACUCAUUUCCUUGAUCAAAACUUGUAUUAAGGAGGUAUUCAGAUUUUGUAAAUUGAACAAACCCUAAAAAAAGAAAAAAAAAGUGAUAGAGAAAGGCGAAAAGGGGGAGAGAGAGCAUCAUGACAACCGGAGAUCUCAUCAAUAUCCAUCCAACAGAGCUCAAAUUCCCUUUCGAGUUGAAGAAGCAGAGUUCGUGUUCGAUGCAAUUGACCAACAAGACUACUCAAUGUGUCGCUUUUAAGGUAAAAACAACGAGUCCUCGCAAGUACUGUGUCCGUCCAAACACUGGUGUUGUCUUACCCGGUGAUUCCUGCAAUGUUACAGUGACGAUGCAAGCCCAGAAAGAGGCACCUCUUGAUAUGCAAUGCAAAGACAAGUUCCUUGUUCAGACUGUUAUUGUCUCUGAUGGUACUUCUUCCAAAGAUGUCCUCGCCGAAAUGUUCACCAAGGAGGCCAGUAGAGUGAUUGAGGAGUUCAAAUUGCGGGUUGUUUACAUCCCUGCUAAUCCUCCUUCACCUGUCCCCGAAGGUUCUGAAGAAGGCAACUCUCCUAGGCCUUCCCUCAACGACUUCCCCUCUCAUAAUGCCUCUCUUUUUGAUGACAUGUCUAGAACGUUUGAACAAACUAAUGAGAAAUCUUCUGAGGCAUGGUCCAUGAUUUCCAAAUUGACCGAGGAGAAGACUAAUGCUAUCCAACAAAGUCAGCAGCUUCGACGGGAACUGGAAAUGCUGAGGAGAGAAUCAAGCAAGAAGCAGUCGGGCGGUCAUUCCUUACUGUUUAUGCUGCUCGUGGGUCUCCUUGGUUGCUUCUUUGGCUACAUCUUGAACCGGACUUAAACCCCUAUAUAUAUGGGGUUAUAGCUUCAUCAUCUUUUUUAAUCCAUCAUAUCGUUGCAAAGUUCUAAAGAGAGUAUUUUUUUGACCAGAUUUUUUCUUUAAAAAUUGAGGUGUUUUUAUUUAUUUAUUUUUUAAAGCUGUAAAAUGAAUAGCUGCUGUAGCUCAGGAACAAAGUGAUUUUGGGGCUGUUA